ACGCAUUUUUACGUUUGGCAAUGACAGAUAACGAUGCCUGGAGAGCUCUUUCGCACCAUAGCGCUUCUACCGUUACGAAACAGAAGAAUUGCAAAGUUUCGGGUCCGCAUGUUUCAUACUUCGAGAAUGAAGUGCGGUCUAGUCUGAAGUUUCAAAGAACUUUGGUUCAGACUCUUCCAGAUGGAAGUGUGGAGGCGAUACCUAAAGAACUGCUUUAUGAGUUUUGUACCAAACUGAAACCUAGCAAGUUGGGGAUAAUGCAAGUUGGUUGGGGCGGUAAUAACGGAUCUACGGUCACUGCAGGAAUUGUUGCCAACAAGGAAGGUAUAAGUUGGGAAACUUCUAAAGGCAUGGAGAAGCCAAAUCUGUUUGGCUCUUUAUCUCAGCAUGGAACACUUAGACUGGGAAUAAGUAGUGAUGGAACUGAUGUUUUUGUUCCAUUCAAGAGUUUAUUGCCACUUGUCGAGCCAAAGGACAUCGUUUUGGGUGGUUGGGAUAUUUCUAGUCUCAAUCUGGCAGAAGCAUUGGAUCGAGCGCAGAUAUUAGAACCAGACUUGAAGAGAAAGCUUCGACCACUGUUGGAAAGUAUGAAACCUCUUCCAGGAAUAUUCGAUGAGGAGUUUAUUGCAGAAAAUCAACUGCCACGUGCUGACAACGUGAUAGAGACGAAAAACAAGGCACGACAAGUGGAGAUUAUUCGACAAGACAUCCGAAAGUUUAAACAGCUACACAAUUUAGAUUUCGUCGUAGUAGUUUGGACUGCCAAUUCUGAACGUUACAGUGUGGAGCUCGCUGGAGUGAACGACACUGCAGAGAGUCUUUUAAAGGCUAUCUCGUCCAAUCAUAAGGAGGUUUCCCCUUCUACUUUGUAUGCGGUUGCUAGUAUUCUGGAAGGUUGUCCAUAUGUGAAUGGGAGUCCACAGAAUACGUUCGUACGCGGUUGCAUUCAAUUAGCUGAAGAGAAUCAAGUUUUUAUUGUUGGAGAUGACUUUAAGUCAGGACAGACAAAGAUGAAGUCUGUGCUUGUGGAUUAUUUGGUUGGUAGUGGAAUGAAGGUUGAGUCGAUGGUGACGUAUAAUCAUUUGGGAAAUAAUGAUAUGUUCCAGCUAACAGAUGGAGAAAUGUGGAAACCAAAGUCAGCCGCAAAAAGUAGAGUUAUCGAAGAUAUUGUAAGCUCCAAUGGAACGCUUUACGAGAAAGAUGAGAUGCCAGAUCAUGUAGUGGUUGUAAGAUACGUAUCUUCUUAUGGAGAUUCGAAAAGUGAUGUUUCCGAGUAUGUGACUAGAACGUUUAUGAAUUGUCCCUAUCGAACAGUAAUGUACAAUAACUGCUUGGACUCUGCCUUGUGCGCUCCACUUAUUAUUGAUUUGGCCAUAUUCAUCGAAUUGUUUCAUCGAGUUUCUUAUCGAACGUCUCAAAUGAAAGACUUUGCCCCAAUGCAUCCUGUUUUGAGUGCACUAUCUUUCUAUAUGAAGAUUCCACGCACUCCUGUAGGGGAACCACUUGUGAAUGCGUUGCAAAGACAAAGAGCUUGUAUUGAAAAUUUAUUUCGUGCACUUGUAGGCUUAAAUGGAGAAGAUAACUUGUUUUUGGAAACAAAGUUUCCUUGUAAGAGAAUAGAUGAAGAAUAUUUACAGGGUUAUUCCGUUUGAGUUGUUCUUGGAUAUCAUCUGUUAUAAAUGAUUCUUACCUACUUUUCAUUUGCUGGGC